AUGGUGUUUUCAUACAAGGAUCAGAUGAUCCAGAUUGUUUCAGCUCAUCCGAUCCCCAUUAUUGAAACCAUGAUUAUAUUUGGGGAAUCAAAAAACUUGGAAUCUGGAUCCGGAUCAAUCCAAACCGAUUCCAAUCCGGAUGGAUCGGAGAGCUUGCUUCGUAGCGGAGCAUUUAGCAAUGCCAGCCUGGUGAGGGUUAGCUCUCUGGGGACAGGUGUUGGCAAGACCUACUUGCUAGACUUGCUUCUCAUGAGAUUGGAGAGAGAGAGAGAGAGAGAGAGAGGAAGAAGAAGAAGAAGAGGAGGAAAGAUGAUAGAGGAAGUGGGAGUGGAGGAUUUAGUGAGAGUAGGGUUAUCGGUGGAGGAAGCUCGCAGGUUCCACGAGUCCCUCAAGUCGGUAAUCUUGAUCGUUCGAUCAUCAUCCAGAGGGGAAGGAACGAAAGCAGCGGCGGAGUCUCAGAAGGUAUGGAAGGAAUUGACUGGGGAAGGAAAGAAAUUGCUGAAGCCAUGGCAUCCUCAUGCACUCCACCAGCUUAUCUACUCCUCCGUCUACUCCGAUUGGGAUCUCUCCACUUCUGGUCCUCCUCCCUACUGGUUCCCUUCUCCCUUGCAGGCUAGACAAACAAAUCUAGGGAGUUUGAUGGAAAUUCAUGGCCCAAAGCUUCUAGGGUCAUUGUAUCAGGAUCCUAUAACAAGCUUUGGCCUCUUUCAGAAGUUCACUGUUCAACACCCAGAUGUCUACUGGUCACUUGUUUUGAAGGAGCUUUCUGUUACAUUUCGUGAAGGCCCGAGAUGUAUCUUAGAUACCUCUGACAAAUCAAAGCAUGGGGGUACAUGGCUGCCGAGUUCGGUCUUGAACAUUGCUGAAUCCUGUCUGUUACCAAUGAAUUCUCCGAGAAAACGGGACGAAGAUGUGGUUGUCAUAUGGAGGGAUGAAGGGUCAGAUGAUGCUCCCGUUAACCGUAUGACACUAAGAGAACUUCGUGAACAAGUGAUGAUGGUGGCAAAUGCAUUGGACACAUUGUUCUCAAAGGGUGAUGCAAUUGCGAUUGACAUGCCAAUGACAGCCACUGCAGUUGCUGUAUACUUGGCAAUCAUCCUUGCAGGACUUGUGGUUGUAUCAAUAGCAGAUAGCUUUGUAUCAAAGGAAAUUGCUACCCGCUUGCGUGUGUCCAAUGCAAAAGGCAUCUUUACUCAGGACUUCAUACGUAGAGGAGGUAGAAAUUUUCCUCUGUAUAGUCGGGUUGUUGAAGCGGGUUCAUGCAAAGCAAUUGUAAUCCCUGCUAUUGGAAAGGAUGUAGCUGUUCAACUAAGGAAGCAUGACUUGUCAUGGAAAGAUUUUCUUUCACGAGUUGACCACCUUCCUAGACCGAAUCAUUACUUUCCAGUGUAUCAAUCCAUGUAUUCCGUGACAAAUAUUCUAUUUUCAUCUGGAACCACAGGAGAACCAAAGGCUAUUCCAUGGACACAACUUUCUCCGAUUCGAUCUGCAGCUGAUGCAUGGGCACAAAUAAAUAUCAAAACUGGGGAUGUCUUUUGCUGGCCAACAAAUCUAGGGUGGGUGAUGGGACCUACUGUAUUAUAUUCGUGCUUCCUCAUUGGUGCUAGUCUAGCCCUCUAUCAUGGAUCUCCUCUUGGUCGUGGUUUUGGUAAUUUCGUUCAAGAAGCAGGUGUGACUUGCUUGGGUACAGUCCCAAGCCUAGUGAAAACAUGGAAGAGUACGCAGUGUAUGGAAGGACUGGAUUGGACAAAGAUAAAGUCAUUUGCUUCUACUGGAGAAGCCUCCAAUUUUGAUGAUGACCUAUGGCUUUCUUCAAAGGCUUAUUACAGGCCUAUCAUCGAAUGCUGUGGAGGUACAGAGCUUGCAUCUUCAUACAUUCAAGGAAAUUUUCUGCAACCACAAGCCUUUGGAGCGUUUAGUGCAGCAUCAAUGACGACUGGCUUUGUCAUCCUUGAUGAACAUGGAGUUCCUUAUCCAGAUGAUCAACCUUGUGUUGGAGAAGUGGCUUUAUUUCCAGUCUACAUGGGAGCAACUGAUAGAUUGCUCAAUGCUAAUAAUGAGGAGGUCUACUUCAAAGGAAUGCCAAUGUACAAAGGAAUGCACCUCAGAAGACAUGGAGAUAUACUUAAGAGAACUGUUGGUGGCUAUUUUCUAGUACAGGGAAGGGCUGAUGACACCAUGAAUCUUGGUGGCAUCAAGACAAGUUCAGUUGAAAUUGAACGUGUGUGUGACCGAGCUGAUGACAGUGUGUUGGAGACUGCUGCUAUUAGUGUCGCACCAGUCAAUGGGGGACCAGAACAAUUGGUCAUGUUUGUGGUGUUAAAGAAAGGAUAUAGUAGUACACAAGAACAGUUGAAGAUGAAAUUCUCGAGAGCAAUCCAAAGCAACCUCAAUCCCUUGUUUAAGGUGAGCCAUGUUAGGAUUAUCAUGGAGUUCCCAAGAACUGCUUCAAACAAGUUACUGAGGAGAGUUCUAAGGGACCAAAUAAAAGCUGAACUUGCCUCUCACAGUCGACUUUAGCUGUUAUGAUCAUGUUCCCCAUGUGGUCAAUCCCCGUUUGCCUAUGUUUUUAUGAUAGAUGUAGUAUGCGGGGAACAGACAAGGAAGCAAAAAUCAGAAUUGUAAUCCUCGGUUCCAUAGGUAUACUGCAACUAUUUUCUGCUUUUGUAUAAUUACUGAUGAUUUAAGCUUGGUA